AUGGCAUGCGCCCUGUUCGAGCCUGUUUGGUGUGAGCAGGUGGAUGCGGUAUCCGAUGGGUGGCCAUGGACGCGCGUCAUUGAGGCCUGCGCUCAUUUUUCCUACUCAGAUUGGCUCGCUACGAUGUAUGCAUGGAUAGAACAUCCGGAGCGCAAUAGCUCGACGAUCCUGCGAGGUGAAGUUUGGUGUGAAUCGGAGCACGAAAAUGACUCCAUUCAGUACCGGUGCAUUCGACGCCUUUUACCACGUCGGGUCAAGAUGGAUCGUGGCAUGCUGCAGGAAUGUGUCGUGUACGCAUGUGGGCCAGAGCAUGGUCGUGUGGUGUACACAACGCUGCGACCUUCCGAUGCAGCGACCGAGGCGCCCGACCCACAUAAAUUUGCAUCGCUUUCCUCCCGUGACUUGUGUGCAUCAGCAGCCGAUGUGCCUUACUAUCACCCAGCUGUGCGUGGCGUCGCCUUUCAUUAUAUUCCCACAACGCCCAAAGCCACGAUCCGAAUCGACUUGUCCCUGUUUCCCACUGAACCACGACCUGUUUCGCCCACUUCGCGUUUGGGCCGCACAGCCCUGUCCCUUCUACGUAUGAUGCAUCAGCAUGCCUAUGGCCAUGCUACCUCUUAUGUUAAACGAGUGCACCAUGACAUGCUUGUGCCGCGUGACGAGUAUCAAGACCUGUACUUAUCGCUACGCACAAAACAUGCGCACAGGCUGUUGGAGACGUGGGCUGAGGUCACAGAUCCAAAGAAGCACGUGUUUGAGGAUCUAGGCAUUGCUGCAUGGCUCAUUCUCUUAUGGCGCGACAUGUUUGGCUCGUCUCAUGUGCCGCUAGGCCCGGCACCUCGGUGUGCCGAUCUUUGGGGCCAGCCGCCCGGUGGCUUCGUGGAUCUGGGCUGUGGGAAUGGUCUGCUAGUGCUCAUUCUCUCACUUGAAGGCUACCGCGGCCUAGGCCUUGAUGCGCGCGCCCGCAAGUCAUGGGCACACUAUACUGACUUGGGAGCGCAUUUGGAGGCAAGCGUUAUCGAGCCAAACACUUGCGUAUUUCCUCCCGGUUGUUUCCUGAUUGGGAAUCAUGCAGACGAACUUACGCCUUGGAUUCCCUCUUGGGCAUCACGCACGCCGCACUGCUCGGGCUUUGUCAAUAUUCCAUGCUGUCCGUGGACCCUCGAAGGCACUCGCUUCACACCGACGAACCACACCAUCGAAUGGGCUAAUAUAGCUGAAUGGCUCGACGUGUCGGAUCUGCCUGCCAUGUGCAUGCCUCCCGCGCCGCUUCGCCGGCCAUCGCCGCACAUGGCGGAACGCCUCGCACACACGCUGUGGUUCGUUGAUCGCACGAUCCAUGAUGCAUCCGGUGCGACACAUUCCAAGCAUCUGGCCUACUAUGCCUAUAUCGUGCGUUUGCACAUCCAAGCAGGUUGGUGCCUGGAGACGGAGGCCCUGCGUAUACCCAGCACUAAAAAUUGGGCAUUUGUCGGUCGUUCACAAGAACCCUUAAAUACCUACAGACGGAGUACCUGA